GCGGAGGUGCGUGGCUGCACCGGGCUCAGUCAGCAGCACCCGUGUGGAGAGACACACACACACAGGCCAUCGAUCCACCAGCCACUAGAGUUGAUUCCUGCCACCACCGCUAGAUGGUACACCCUCCGCCACGGCCGACUUUCACAGCAGCCAGUAGCCGUAGAGACUUUAUCGCCGUGGGCCGUACGCCCUCUCCUGCCCGCCCGCGCCCACACAUGUUCCACUUAACGCGGGCGUGGUAAGAUGGCAUCUGCGGCACUGAACAGUGGGCUGCUGGAGGCUCUGGUGUCACGCGGCACGACGCCCCACGUCACCGGGAGGGACGCCCACCCACGCCCACCUCCCUCCCCAAACACCGCUGUCGAGGUUCCCUCCGUGGCCCACCAUUCCUACCUCCACGCCCACUUCCAGGCAGUUGCAUCCCAUUACGGAGGAGACCCCCACGAGAUGUCCACCUCGGGAGGGGACGCCACGACCGAGGAUGACGAGGCCAGUCUCAAUGAUCAGCUUACCCACUUUUAUAGCAAGUCCUCCCUCGGCGACGACCUCCUGUCGGCGUCGGCCAAGAAGAGGCGCAAGCAGAGCAAGCCAGUGCGGUUACCGACGCCCCAGGGAGAGCCUGGGGACGGUGAAGAACAAACGGAAAUUAAGACCGAAGAAACACAGUUCGAUUCUGAAAUGUCUAAUCCAUCGGCAGAAGGUGACGAGGGUCUCACGUGUUCGUAUUGCCACCUUCAGGCUCCUUCUGAAGACAGUCUUAGACGACACAUUAUUGAGGAACACAUAGGACGUUUGCUUAGUGACGAUGAGGCCCGUCAGCAGCAGCACCACCAGAAACAAGAACCAGUAGAGCUCCUCAAGGGAGAAGACGGAGCCACGCCCCUGAACCUGUCAAGUCCCCGGUGGGAGGGAGGAGGACCCCCCACAAGGCCACAGGAAGAGGAUGGCAGAAGCCCGCCUACCUCAAUUCCAAUGCCGUCAUCGUUCGGCGAAAUGAAGUUCAACUUACCCGGCCUCCUGCCGUUAGCGCCUCCACAUUUCCUAUUACCAUUCCUACAACAGGCAGAGCACGAGCGGCUGUCAGCAGGCCAUACACCACAGAACAACUCUUCUCCAUCUUUCUCAGCUAAUGGUCAACAGCAUCGAAUCUUCAACCAACAAGCUUACUGUGAUCUGUGCAAUAAAGAAUUCUGCAACAAAUACUUUCUCAAGACUCAUAAAGCCAACAAGCACGGCAUUUACUCUCCGGAGUUUAGUAGUUCCCCCACAAACAUGACCACUGGCCACACCACCCCUCUGGGCCCUAGUGUGCCUCUGGCCUCACCUCUAGGUCCUAGUCUUGGUUCAGGGGGGCUCGUCGGGUCUCCUUAUGCCGGGGCCUUCAUUGCUGCCACCAUGAACAGCCUCCCGCUGCGGCCUCCACUUCUACCUACUCAUCCUGGUGCCAGUAAACCCAUUCCAAUGCCCAAAACAGAACCCGGCAGUAGCAGCAGUAGCAGUAACAGCAAGGCUGGUGGCGUCAUAAACCUGGAGGCUUACUGCGAGCUGUGCCAAAAAGAAUUCUGUAACAAAUACUUUCUGAAGCGUCACAAGUCAAAGAUCCACGGCAUCACCAUCGACGUAGUAACAAAACCUAAAACUCCCGGCCAGGUGCCCGUCCGUUUGGCACCGGACAGACCUGAAGGUUGGUGCGACGCUUGCCGGAGGGACAUCGGAGGUCGGGCGCCGCUCAACGCCCACAAGUUACAGGUUCACGGCCCUCAUAUAGUGGCCCCCCUCCCCUCACCUCACAGCACAUCUCCCCACCCCUUGAAGAACCCAAGAACUCCCACGCCUAACAACGGGCGCAAGAGUAGCCCAGAUCACAGGGACCCUAGGGAUUACUUCAGUCCUUGGGAGUCCCUGAAGGAUCCUCGCGAGCAAAGCAGAGAGCCAUGGGACUCUGGUAAGGACAUUGGUGAACUACCAAGGGAGGCGAGAGAUCCUUCAAGAGACACUAUGGCCCGUAGUCCUUGGGAGAGACCCUUAGGAUCACCCUGGGAUAUUGUCAGGGAACUGCCCAGAGUCCCUGAUGGCCCCAGAACAUCCCCUAAAGACAAUAUACAGAGAAGCGAGUCCUGGAGCAAGCAGGAACAUCGUAGCAGUGACCAUUACAAUCAUCGCGAUGACCGAGACGGACCUCUAGCCCAUCUCGACCGUCUACCAGACUCCCACGACUUCCCACUGGACGCUCGCGAUAUGCAGACGAUGAGAGAGGAACAACAGCGUGAGUGGGAGAUGCAACAGCGGGACCUAGAGCAGCAGCAUCGUGAACGUGUACAGCAACAGUACUUAGAACGUGAGCGACAGCAACGAGAGCGAGAGAUGCAGCAGCGAGAACGAGACCAGUGGGAACAUGAGCGAGAACGGGAACGAAAUUUAUACAGAGAGCAGCAACUUGAACGUGAACAGUACGAACGUGAACAACGGGAACGCAUUUUAAUGGACAGGCAACGUGAGCUUGAACAACACCAUGAGGAGAUAAGGAGAGAAAACGAGGCGGAAGGUAAUCGAGACUCACUCUACCAGGAUGAUGAAGGACGUCAACGGGAGGGGCAGCAGAGUGACUCGGAGGCCAAAGACCAUGAAAAGGGAGAAAGUAAUGACCUCCAGCAUACCCAAGAGGACACAGAGGAACACCAAGGUCGUGCGGACGGCAGAGAGGGAGAACAACUGAAACAAGAAAGUGGUGGAGAUUCUGAAAGACGGAAAGAAGGACCUGAAAACCGUGAAGUUCCUAAAGAUCAAGAGGGAGAAGUGGACGGCCGGGAGAAAGGAUAUGAAGGAAGAGAAGGAGGACCCAAAACCCAUGGAGGAUCUGAUGGGCAUGAAGAAAGCUUUCGAGCUCGUGAAGGUAGCACUGGUGGCCGUGAAGGCAGUCUCGGUGGCCGUGAAGGCAGCCUCGGUGGCCGUGAAGGCAGCAUCGGAGGUCGUGAAGGCAGCAUCGGAGGCCAUGAAGGAAGCCUUGAAGGACGCGAGGCAGGGCUUGAUGGUCGUGAAAUUAACAGAGAUCCCCUUCGUGACGGAUAUCGAACUCCUGGGGGCAGCAGCGCGGACGAGAGCUCCCGAGAGACUGGUCUCAUCGCCCGCGUCGGUCAGCCAGCGAUGGUCCAGGCGCCUCCAGGAACCAAGUUCACCCCCGAGCAGCUCCGGCAACUGGGAGUCAUCAACCCCGAUGCCUUCUGUGAACUCUGCUGCAAGGAGUUCUGCAACAAAUACUUCCUCCGGACGCACCGAAUUAAAAAACAUGGCAUUUAUACACCUGAAUUUUCCGACAGAAGUAAGAGUCAACAAAAAGAGAGUUCUCCCAUGAAUCUCGCAAGACUCUUGGAGCGUCAGUCACUGUAUGCUCGCCCGACUCUACCGGAUAUUGAAAGUGAUCUUGAGUGUGAUAUCUGUCGACGUCCGUUCCCCAAUCCCUAUGUCCUUCAAAUGCACAAGUACUAUUUUCAUGGUUCUAGCCAAGAAUCGGGACACCAGGAACAAUUCAACCUGUACCCACAUCAAUCACCGCAUGAACAGCUGAGACAGCUCGCUCUACACGCCCAGCAACAAGCCAGACAACAGCAACAGCAUCACCAGAAGAGGAUACAGGAACAACAGAAGCAUCUCGAGCACCAACAGAGAUUACAGAAGCAGGAGGAGGAACAGAGGGAGCAGGCGAGGUUAGAGCGAGAGAGGCCAACACUAGUGGUCACAUCGGAAGAUGGUCAGGGUGAGAGAGGAGAGGACCCGCCUCGGCCCUCUGUAAUUGAGUCGGCAGGCUCUGGGGAGUCAGACGCUAGCGAGGAUCUCCGCAAGCUUCAAUCUAUGAUUCUUCAGCUGAACCGUCAAGGAGAGAUGGGUCUGCGGUGUCGACUAUGUAAUAAGGACGUGGGAAACAAGUACUUCCUGCGGGCGCACAUGAUGACGGAGCACGGGAUUUUAGGUCACGAGGAGGUCUCUGCCCCUCCCAGUGAGGCUGCUCAAACUCCAAAAACCCCAAGAGAACCCACUCCAAAAGUCUCAGUCUCACCUCCACCUACACCUUUGUCAGGGGAAAAUCAAGCGUUCUGUAAUAUUUGCAAAAAGGAUUUCUUUUCACGAUACAUCUUGCAGCAACACAUGCUCAGUGCCCACGGAGUGUUCACACCACCAGCGCCACCCACCUCUUUCAUGGAGCGGAUUAGGGCAGAGGUGGAGAGUCGGGAAGAACGGAAACCUCAGUCUACUUCUCGGUCCUACUGUGAAAUAUGUAACAAAGAACUUUGUAACAAAUAUUUCAUGAAGACACACAUGUUGAAGAUGCACGGCAUCAACGUGGAGAACGGCGUCUCAGGUGGGGUGACCUGUGACUUGUGCAAUAAAGAACUGUGUAGCAAGUACUUCCUGCGCGUGCACAAGCAGAACACCCACGGGAUGGUUGAGGAAGGGCGUGAGAGCGACGAAGGAAUUGUGAAGUCCGAGAUUGAAUCCUGUCCGCUGUGUUCCCGCCGAUUCAAGAACCGCAAGUGGCUAAAGACCCAUUUAACGAGCGACCACGAUGAUGAAGGCAAAGAAAAAUGGCAAGAGGUGGAGGCGUCAACAGUGGUGCGCGAAGGUGGCCAACAGAACGGCUCAGCGUGCGGUCUGUGUGGCCACGUAGUGCCAGACCUGGUGGCCCUCCAGCUCCACGUCAUCAAGAUGCACGGCACUCCAGUUGAAACCAUGAACACAGACUCUCAAACCAUAGAUGACACAAGAAUACGUUCUCUGCAGUGCUCACUAUGCCCCUUCACGGCACCUUCACCAGCACUGCUGUUCGCCCACGCCCGUACCCACGCCCCAGGUAUGCCCCCCUUGCCGGGUAUGCUGGGGCAGUCAUUUCCUUGUCCACUGUGUUCACAAGUAUUGCCCAACUUUGAAGCCUACCAACACCACCUGAUACAACACCAGCUUCAGGGGUUUCUGAAACCCCUACUAGAAAAAGACAAUUCUUCAGAACCCAAUGCCCCCAAACCAUUUAAAGCCCCAGAGGAGAGCAGUGAGGAGGCUGCCCCGCGUGCACCACCUGCCAAGCGCAAAAAGCGCUGGCGGUGUUCUCAGUGCGGCCGGCGCUUCAAGUCACGAGCGUUAUGUCUGGCACACGUCCACGCCACGCACAACCCCAGGGCACGCGGCACCUGGCUCGGCCGUCCUGCUGUCCACCGUCGCCUCUUUAAGUGCCGCAAAUGUGGCGCAGUAGCGCAGCGUUUGACGGCGCUGCGACAACACAUUCGUGAGCAGCAUCAGGUGGGAUCGGGCGUACCCACCUCCCACGCCACGCCCACCAAGCCCCGGGCAGCGGGGCGCUUCGUGAUGCAGCCGUUCUUGCUGAACAACGAGGGGAGUGAAGGAGGCGACGAGGGUGAGAAAGAGGAGGAGAGGCAGAGUGAGCGGCGGCAGUUUGUGCCCUCCCUGGUGUACCUGCCUGUGGCCCGCCGCGUACACCGCCCCCUCACCGUCUCCUUCAGUCUCACGCCCGCGUGAGCUCCGCGCCCUCCGGCGCACCACAACUCAGGGUCUCGCUCUUCUACAAAGUACAAUCACGGGGCGGACUGGACCCGGGCGGUACAGCCCUGGGUCUAGUCCAGUGGGCCGCAGUCCUUCCCGCCGCACAGGUGCUAAACGCCCGCCACUGUGGGCGGUUUGAGCCCGCGGCAGCGCGGGUGCGACGAUAUGGCGCGGGUGGUGCUCGGCGCGGCUCGUGGCUCGCUCCGUACUCUCCUCUAUAUCACUGUACCUCAGUACCAAUCAAAACCGGGGGACUGGUCACUACUCACGCCCACCCGUCUCCCGUGUGGGCGUGGGGGUGCUCAGUCUGGGUUGUGAGGGCGCGGGCAGGGCGAGGGUGUUGGCUGUAACCAACACUAUGCUAUAUCAGGUGGUCUCCACUGGCUACACCCGCUACAUACACCUCCUGCCUCACACGGGUGUAGUCUUGCUCGCACAAAUUUAAUCACUAGUACACUUCUCUACACACCCCCAUGUCCUCCUCACCCACAGCUCGGUAGCUUUAAUAACACAGGAUAUAACCAUAUAAAGACUGGCCUCAUUCACAUGGUCUUACAUCACAACAUGAAGCCUCUCUCUCUUUCCACACACGGCCAAUAACACGAAACAUUUAACACCACGAGGAAACAGAAACAAACAAACACACACACACACACACACACACACACGCACGCACGCACGCACGCACGCACACACACACGCACACACACACACACACACACACACACACACAAGAGUACACUCACUUCGCCUCACAUCUCACGAGAGGGGGGGGACGCUGUUACCUGGGGCAGGUAUGUGUGUGUGUGUGUGUGUGUGUGUGUGUGUGUGUGUGUGUGUGUGUGUGACCAGGCGUGUGAGCCAGUGGAGUCACCGCCGUAUUCAGAGGGGCCUUUCCUCGACCUUGUUCCGCGCCCGACCGUCAGGGAUAAAUUUAAAGCUCUUCAUAACGUUAUUAUUAAUAUUACUACUAAUAUCACUGUGACCUCUAUAUCUAAUAAAUAUAUAUCCAAGAUAAUGGUUAGAGUUGUAUACAGAAUCUUUUUUGCUGUGUGUAUGUGUGUAUGUCUGUGUGUAUGUGUGUGUGGGUGUUAAUGUUAGUUUCCAGGAUAUAUCAAUUACAUGGAGUGGACGUCCUCUUAAUUACGGAGUUUUAACCCCCGGGUGUGCUGGCCGCCCUCAACCAUGGUGUAAUGUACAGUCUAGCCGGCAGUAAUUUUAGUGAAAAAAGUCCUUAGUGGUUUAAAUAAUAAUAAUAAUAAUAAUAAUAAUAAUAAUAAUAUAAAAAUGCCGUCGUUGUUCAAACUGUGUUAUUUUUGGCGAGGUUGGUUGCGCCUCUAUGACUGUUUCUGUUGUGCAGGAGGCCAGGAUGGGAGUGAUACAGUAUUGUGUUGUGGUAAGAGGGACGUAAACCUCUUCUUUUCGCCGCUAUACCUGAAUAGCCAACACAUGUUAAUUACAAGUGUAUGGAAUCCAUACUGACGAAUAAUGGGCUACAGAUUGUCACUUGAGUAAUAAAUACUUUCUUCUCAAAAGAAAAAGAGAAAAUUGAGCCCUUAUUGUAGGCUAACGUAAGGCUCAGGUUUGUCUAUGUCUUAAGUUCAGGUUUAGGUCUCUUUAUCAUGACGCCUCCUGUGGCUUGCCAGUGUCAAAAUAUACUGAUCAUCUGUGAAAAGAUGAAAAGGUCUAUUGUAAUUUAUUAUUUCACUGAUAACAUUGCUACUUACGUAAUUUACUCACCACAGUGUCUGAAGGUUGGCAUGGCAGAUAUUUGUAAAAUAAAUUAUUACUGA